AUGUCAUCUAACGAGGAGCCCGAGGCUCUGCCCCCGGCCGCUGAGUCGCAACCCACGCCACCACUUGCUCCAACGCCCGCCGCCGAGGACAAGAAGAGCGACAACCCCGAGCUCGACCUUCACAAGCUCCAGUCUCUACCCGCGGAGCAGCAAGAGCUGUUUCUUCUCACAUUCGUCACCGAUUUAACGAAAUAUGUCCGCCAGCUCGACGCCGACGACUGCUCAGCGCAGCAGUUCUACCUCAAGAAGGAAAUAUUCCGCAUCAUCAACCUCGCUGCCCCUCAACCGUCGAGAGUAAUACGCAACAACCUAGGACAGUGUCUCGCCCACGUCUUCACCCAUGGCGACCGAAAGCUUCUUUUCGAGACAAUCAACGACUUGGCGAGCGUCAUCUCUGGCGCCAAGUCGAAAUCCGACACGGAAACCCGCGCAAAGCAUGCGGCCGUCGUCUGUCUGGGCGAUGUGUAUGCUGCUGCCGGAGACAGUGCAAUCGGGCUGCACCAGCUCUGCUGCACGGCACUUGUCAAGCUCCUUAAAUCUUCUUCCAAUAACGCAGGUCUUCGUGCUGCCAUCUUCACCGCUCUGGUCAAGAUGACAGGCAUCGUCGAGGGCUCCAUGGACGAGAGCAUUGCGCGUGACAUUUGGAAGCAGGGCAGAAACCACGCCUCUAGCGACAAGGGCCCCCUGGUUGUUGUUGCAGCUUCACAGUGCCUUAAAGCCCUCUUGAAGCACACCACGUACUUUCGAAAUUCAUCCGACUUCGACAGGCUAGAAACGGCCAUGUUUAAAGCUUUCGAUUCAUCCAGUUCCCAGGUUCGUCACGCUGCCGCCAGCUGUCUUGCUGAAGCGUAUGCACAUGGCUACUCCGAGUCGGCAUCCAGCAAACCUACCAAGAAUAAAAAGACGAAUCCCAAGUUGAAACGCCAGUCCACACUCCCUGGUAUGGUCGGCGACGAUGACGAGAUUCCUUCACGUACAGCCAGUCCUGCUCCAGGAGCGAAGCGUAAAGAGGAUCUCGCCCUCUCACUUGGUGAAAUACUGCGACAGCUGGCUGCUCAGUACGUGAAACCUACGACACCCAAUCGCGCCCGAGCCGCCAUAGGCGUGUGCUUCGGCAAGCUAUUUCGCCGACUCGGCGAAAGUGUCGUUGAGCCAAACUAUCUACUCAUUGUCGAUACGUUGACGACGGAUAUUCUGGGUAAUACAAGCAUUGCCAAUAAUCGCUAUCGUCUCUUGAUAUCCCGCAGAAUUAUUGAUACACUUCUUCACGACGUUAUUGGCAACAAAAUUCUAGGAGAAUCGGGUCAAAUCAAGAUCGCCGAGGUUUUGAUCGACAGUAUACUGAAAAACUAUUCUGCUGCCUUGCCCGAACGCUCUGAACCAUCAAAGCAGACUCUCAUCACUGCACUUCGCGCGGUGGCAGCUUUGAUUCAGUCUCUGGGCUCCGCCACAAAUAAGUUUGCCGAGUCGUGCCGCGAUGGCUUGCUGCAAGUAUUUCAGCACCCGAGUUACUCGGUUCAGGUGUUUGCCUCACAGUGUAUGAAGGUUUUCACGGUAGCAUGCCCUCAACAAUUGUUACCCUGCCUCUCUGUCUGCAUGAACAGCCUGACUAGGGAGCUUUCGCUUCUCGCCGGUGGGCGAAAUUCCCAAAGGCGAUGCAUCGGCUUAGCGCAUGGGUUGGCGGCAACUCUCAGCUCAAGCCCGUUGCGACCUCUUCACGGUUCACUGGAUAUUAAUAGCCGUGUCCUGUCCAUGGCGACCAAUCUGCUCAAAUCCUCGGGCCAAUCCGAACUUCGAGUCUCGAGUACCCAGAUUCAGGUAGCAUGGAUCUUGAUCGGUGGCCUCAUGUCUCUGGGGCCCAACUUUGUCAAGAUUCAUCUAUCACAGCUUUUGCUGCUCUGGAAGAACGCACUGCCGAAGCCGCUAGCCAAGGAUAAUACUACAUCGAGAAGUUUGCUCGAAGCUUCUUUCCUCACUCAUGUGCGGGAGUGCGCUCUAGGCUCGAUAUUGGCGUUCCUCGAGUUUAACAACCGCUUGCUGACUGUGGAUGUGUCUAAACGCAUUGCCACUAUGCUGCAAAGUACGACAGCCUUCCUAAAAACUCUCCCAAGCAAGAAAACCACCGAAGAUAUUUUGCAACGCUUAACACCUGCAAUUCAACUACAAGAUCUCGAGAAGAUGGUUCAGCGUCGAGUGCUCCAAUGCUACGUCAAACUGGUUAAUCAAAGUCCUGCGGGCGGUAGUGAAGCUCUGCUGCAAUCUAACCUGCUUACCCUUGCCAUUUCUCUCUUCGCAGAUCCGGACAACUACUCUGCGAACUCACUAAGCGCUUCUAUUGCCAAUGCCGCCGCCACCUACGAAUCCAUCUGGGAUGUGGGCGACAAUGAUGGCUUUGGCCUGACUGGUCUUGUCUAUGGGUUCAAUGUCCGCAGCUUGCCCGGCCAACAUGAAUCCACUAUUCAGGACGCAUCCAAACCUGAUUCACCCGAGGAAGUCAUCGACAGCAUCUUGCUAUCACCCAUUUGCGGCAGCUUGGAGCACGAUGCGUCUGUGCUCUACAUUGGUAGCCUGGACCUGAAUGAAGCCAGGCCUGAUCCCCCAGCCACGGAGGUCAUCAAUAUGGCAAUCCAACUAUUUGCUUUUGCCUUUCCUCUCACACCGGGCAAGGUGCAAGAGAGUAUUCUAGAACAGAUUCGAACUUUCGGGUCCUCUGGUUCUCUUCAGCGCGAUCUUGCAAGAAACGCAGCGAUCAGCGUCAACGUUGCCACCGCAAUCUUGGGCACCAUGCGCGUGGCAACAAAAGAGACAAGUUCACCAGCUGGCAAUGUCACCAAUCCCGCCGUGGAAAAGCUACUGCAGGAUAUUGUUCGCGACUUCGUCAUUGACCAAGAUCAGUACCUGCGGAGUCUUGGAUACGCUGCUACAGCCAGACUCUGCAACGUAUAUGGUAACGCAUUCACAAAUCAUGAAAUCAAGUACUUGGUAGACACCAUUGUCAGUAACCGCGAACCUAGUGCACGGGCGGGCUGUGCCAUGGCUCUUGGAUCUAUCCAGACCAAAGUGGGUGGUAUGGCCGCUGGUUAUCAUCUGAAGACUAUUUUGGGGAUCCUCAUGUCGCUCUGCAAUGACCCUCACCCGAUCGUUCACUAUUGGGCUUUAGAGGCUUUAUCUCUCGCCGCGGAUGCCGCAGGCCUGAGCUUCUCCGGCUACGUUCCAGGUACUCUGGGAAUGCUAGCUCAGUUGUUCGUCUCUGAAACGCAUCACCCGGAGAUUCCGUCUGCGAUUACGAUGGCCCUUGAAACAGAACUUUCAACGCCAGCAGCGAUUGCACGAUGCAUUGAUUCUCUGAUCAAUGUGCUGGGCCCUGACUUACAGGACUCAAAGAAAUCAAGAGAACUUAUUUUCACCUUGGUCCGCCAGUUCCAGGAAUCCGACGACAAGCAGGUCGAGAAUGCUGCCUUGAUUUGCCUAGAGCACCUAUCUCUAUAUGCGCCGGGGGAAAUGCAUUACUCAGACUACGUGCGGUUGCUUCAACGAUACUUAUCGUCUGAGCAUGGCGAGCUACGUGACGCUGCUGUUGAUGGCAUUUAUAAUAUGAUGAAGCGUAAUCCGCGCGAUGUCUUGCGAGAUGUUGAGACUGGGUUCGAGGAGAAACUGUGGCUACUGCUCGAUACCACGCCCGAACACGACGGCAUUAAGAACAUUAUUAGGAACUGGCUUCAACAGACGUGUCUACUUGAAACGAAUGAGUGGUUGGAUCGAUUCCAGAGGGUUCUUCGACUGACACGUGUCAAAGAAAAGUAUGAGGUGGCCGUGGCCAAGUCAUCCGGGGGCGGGGUUGACUUGAACGACGAGGAGGUUGCCGGCUUCGCCGCCGCUGCUACAGAAACAACAAAAGAUGGCAAGGAUGCGAACUCUUCGACUGAUGCCGAGCCUUUGCGCUGGCAAGUGACUACUUUUGCAAUCUCUUGCAUCGGAGACAUGUUUGUCAUGGUCGCCAAGGAUGUGGCCUCGAACGGCGAAUCGCCAGCUCAGACAGCACUCCAAAGCAAGAUUGCCGAAGUUGUUCGCAUGGCAUUCUCCGCAUCAACGUCUGGCGUGCUAGAGCUCCGCAUUUGGGGAUUAAAGAUUAUCGGGGCUGUGUUGAAAAUGUUUGGCAAGACACCUGAUCCCGAUUUCGAAGAAGCGAUGUUGCUUGAGCAAUACCAAGCACAAAUCAGUUCCGCCCUAACGCCAGCUUUUGCUGCCGACUCGUCUCCGGAGCUCGCUUCGGAAGCGGUCAAUGUCUGCGCUAGCUUUAUUUCCAUCGGCAUCGUUACCGAUGUUGAGCGCAUGGGCCGCAUCUUGAAGACUCUCGUCAGCGCCUUGGAGAACUUUUCUUCUGACGAUGAGAAUGCGGGUAUUGGCGAUCUCAAGGGCUUGUCCUCUAAUGCGCAAACCAUGGUCAAAAUUGCCGUAUUUUCCGCGUGGGCUGAGCUUCAAGUCGCGAGCAGCGAGCAGAAAUACCUGUUGGACGUUUUGAAACCACAUAUUGGCACGCUGACGCCGCUGUGGCUGGAGUCACUGCGCGAGUUUGCCCGGCUGCGGUUCGAGCCCGACAUCUCCAUGACUCUGGGACCCCCAUCGCUGUCUGGGAGCCUGGACUCCAUUUAUGCUGCCCUUAAUCGAGAGACGCUCCUAAAGUUCUAUCAAGAUGCGUGGCUGAAGCUUGUCGACGCCAUUGCCUCUUUGAUUGAACAGGACAGCGAGUUUGUUUUUGAUGCUCUCGAUGGCAAGGAAUCAAGCGAAACCGCUAUAAAUGGUCAACGCAAAUCUGGCAUUAAUUAUCGCGACGAGCCGGUGGCGUUCUUCUUUGUCCUGUUUGGCUUGGCGUUUGAAUCGCUCGCCAUACGGCCUGGCCAAUCCGACUCGCUGGCUACGCGCGACCAGACCCUGGCCAUCUUGCAGGCUCUCAAGCGCAUUCUGCACCCCAGCGUCUCUGGCCACGCCAUCUACCGCCCUGACGUAUUUGCCGAGACCAUGGAUCUGCUUGAUCGUCUCGUAUUGACGGAAGACAUUGAUGUGCAGACAGUCAUCGUCGAUAUUGCGCGCGCCAUGUGUGUCACGCACCCGUCUGCCCUUCGCCACGGGUCCGAAGAGGGUGAUUUGUCAGAGGAUAUUGACCAGCUCUUCGAGCUGACUAGAAUCAUUGUCCUUGUCUUGUCGGGCCUGCUGCCCAAUUUGGCUGAAGGCAACCAGCCAGUGAGGCACCAAAUCAAUGAGGAGACUCUCGUCCUUAUUCGCACGUCUCUGGAUGCUCUUGUCGAUGCCGCUGAGGUAUUCCCAGCCAUCAUCAAGUCAGACUUGCAUGCUUGCAUCAUUCACAUAUUUGCAACCAUACUCGCCACGCCAAGCUGCCAGGAGCUGAUUGUUCCCCAAUCGCUCGCCACCUUGAAACGCUUCAUUGGCAGCAUGAGCGCCUCGCGGAAGAUUGCGCCCGAUGGGUCGUCUGCGACUGACGUGCAGCUGCAGGGCUGCUUGCGCCGCUUCCUCUCCAUAUACCUUAACGCCCAAAAGCGCGAAGAAUCAACCUCGCUUAUCUGCGUCAGAAACUGCCUGCUCGCAACGACCAUUCUCUUUACCGGCGGGAACAAUCACCUCCCGGCCUCUGAACCGCUGGUCGUUCGAUAUCUCGACGAGCUCCUGGACUGUCUCACCGACCGCAUGACUUCAAAGAUUGCCGCCAACUGCAUCCGGUCUCUGCUCCUGCAAAGCUCGCCCUCGUCGUCCGACGUCACUAUUGCGCGGUACCUCGUUCCGCGGCUCAUCGCCUUUGUUAUCAACGUCGAGCCCGAGGACCCCGAGCAGGCGCGCUCGCUCGCCGCGCACAGCCUGUGCCUGUACGUUGGCGCCGUCGACGCGGAGCGCACCCACGCCGCCAUGUCCCUCGUCGUGCCCAUGCUCAUGGCCCGCGCGACGGCCGAGGGCGAGGCGCGCUAUGCGGAGACGAGCGCGCGACUGCUCGAGGUGGCGGCCGUCAAUCAGGACGUCUUCCGGGGUAUCGUCGGCGCCAUGAGCACCGCCCAAAGGAGCCUGCUGGAGGAGGUGGUGCGCUCGGCGCGGCAGGUAUCGAGUAGCGCGAACCAGAAUAGCACUGACGCGGCGGGCCAGCCGACUAUUCAGCUCAAGAUGAAUUUUGGCGGCUGA